GCCAGGAGCGCUCCGAUUGGCCGGCAGGGAGCGAGCGGCCUGGCGCUGACUGGCCCGCGCCGGUCACGUGCCGCUGGUGGGGCUCGGCGUCAGCGGCGGUGGAGGGGCUCGAGUUGUCAGAGCCCCCAGAAAAUAAAAGCCUAUUUCAGAAGGUGACAGCUGCUGGCAUAAAGAGAAGUAUACUUAGGAUCAUUUCUUGAGGAAAGCUUUUUAAGAUGUGGUGAAGAACCUGUAUUUUCCCCUGUGUGGUAUAUAGUGCCUUAAAAAUGGGGUUUGGAGGUGACCUGAAGUAUUCUCAUGAUGCUUUAUUGAAACUGCAAGACUGGGAACUACGACUGCUGGAGACAGUGAAGAAAUUUAUGGUGAUGCGAGUGAAAAGUGAUAAGGAGUAUGCCUCCACUUUACAGAAUCUUUGCAAUCAAGUAGAUAAAGAGAGCACUUGUCAAUUGGAUUAUAUCAGCAAUGUGUCCAAGUCUUGGUUGCUUGUGGUACAACAAACAGAACAGCUGAGCAAAAUAAUGAAGACACAUGCAGAGGAUCUUAAUUCUGGGCCUCUGCACAGGCUUACAAUGAUGAUUAAAGACAAGCAGCAAGUUAAGAAGAGCUAUGUAGGUGUUCAUCAACAAAUUGAAGCAGAGAUGUGCAAGGUCACAAAGACAGAACUAGAGAAACUAAAAUCUAGCUAUAGACAACUAAUAAAAGAAGUAAAUUCUGCCAAAGACAAGUAUAAAGAAGCUGUGGCUAAAGGGAAGGAGACUGAGAAAGCCAAAGAUCGCUGUGAUAAAGCCACUAUGAAGCUUCAUAUGUUGCAUAAUCAGUAUGUGUUGGCACUGAAAGGAGCACAGUUACAUCAGCACCAGUAUUAUGAUUCUACACUUCCUCUGUUACUUGAUUCACUACAGAAGAUGCAAGAAGAAAUGAUUAAGGCUCUGAAAGGAAUCUUGGAUGAGUAUAGCCAGAUCACCAGUCUCGUAACAGAAGAAAUUGUGAAUGUCCAUAAAGAGAUCCAGACCUCGGUUGAACAGAUAGACCCUAACACUGAGUAUAAUGACUUCAUAGAUACUCACAGGUCAUCAGAAGUUGUUGAACAAGAAAUAGAGUUUGAUACAUCUUUAUUAGAAGAAAAUGAAAACCUGCAAGCUAAUGAGAUCAUGUGGAAUAAUCUAACAGCAGAAAGCUUACAAGUCACGUUAAAAACUGUAAUAGAAGAACUGAUUCAGACGCAGCAAACUCUUUUGUGCAAAGAGGAACUGGUGUUGGAGCUGGAGAAGAAAAUAGAAGAGUCUUCAAAGACCUGUGAAAAGAAAUCAGAUAUUGUACUCUUACUAAGCCAAAAGCAAGCACUGGAAGAGCUUAAGCAAACAGUUCAGCAAUUAAGAUGCUCGGAGGCAAAAUUUACAGCCCAGAAGGAACUACUGGAACGAAAGGUUCAAGAGAAUGAUGGGAAAGAGCCACCACCUGUAGUGAACUAUGAAGAAGAUGCCAGAUCAGUUACUUCUAUGGACAAGAAGGACAAAGUCUCAAGGUUUGACACUAUCCGUCAUUCUAUAGCGGGAAUUAUAAGGUCUCCAAAAUCCAUGUUGGGCUCAUCGUCGUUUUUUGAUGUAAUUUCGACCACUGAGAAACCAUUGGCUGAACAAGACUGGUAUCAUGGUGCAAUUCCAAGAAUAGAAGCACAGGAGCUGUUAAAACAGCAAGGAGACUUCUUGGUGCGAGAGAGCCACGGGAAACCUGGUGAAUAUGUCCUUUCUGUGUUUUCAGAUGGACAACGGAGACACUUUAUCAUACAAUAUGCUGAUAAUCAGUACCGUUUUGAAGGAACUGGGUUUCCAACUAUUCCUCAGCUCAUAGAACAUCAUUACACAACAAAGCAAGUCAUUACAAAGAAAUCAGGUGUUGUUCUGCUCAAUCCUGUUGUUAAGGAUAAGAAAUGGGUUCUCAAUCAUGAAGAUGUCACACUGGGAGAAUUACUGGGCAAAGGUAAUUUUGGUGAGGUGUACAAGGGAACAUUAAAGGAUAAAACUCCUGUUGCUGUAAAAACUUGUAAAGAAGAUCUUCCUCAGGAAUUGAAAAUAAAAUUUCUUUCAGAAGCCAGAAUACUGAAGCAGUAUGAUCAUCCUAACAUUGUAAAACUGAUAGGAGUUUGCACACAACGACAGCCUAUUUAUAUUGUUAUGGAACUUGUUCCAGGAGGGGAUUUCCUGUCCUUUUUAAGAAAAAAGAAGGAUGAGCUGAAAACCAAACAGCUGGUGAAAUUUUCAUUAGAUGCUGCUUCUGGUAUGGCAUAUCUGGAAUCCAAAAAUUGUAUACAUAGAGACUUGGCUGCAAGGAAUUGCUUGGUAAGUGAAAGCAACAUUCUGAAAAUAAGCGAUUUUGGAAUGUCCCGGCAAGAGGAUGAUGGUGUGUACUCAUCGUCUGGCCUGAAGCAGAUUCCUAUCAAGUGGACUGCCCCAGAAGCUCUCAACUAUGGGAGGUACACAUCUGAGAGUGAUGUAUGGAGCUUUGGAAUCCUCUUAUGGGAGACCUUCAGUUUAGGAGUAUGUCCAUACCCUGGAAUGACCAACCAACAAGCAAGAGAACAAGUUGAGAAAGGCUACCGAAUGUCAGCACCACAGAAAUGUCCAGAAGAAAUCUAUAAAAUAAUGCAGAGGUGCUGGGACUACAAGCCAGAGAACCGGCCAAAGUUCAGUGAGAUUCAGAGAGAGCUAUCUUCAAUCAAAAAGAAAGUGACAUAGUGACAGACAAGUGCCAAACGCCGUGUGUGGGACUUUCGCUUUCCAGUGAAGUAAUUCUUUUCCCCCCUCGAACACUAUGCAUUUACACAGCAUUAUUUGAAAUACUCUUCCAGGGCUACUCUGAAGUUAACUGGGGUUUUUAUAUCCAUGUGUACUGUCUUGGAUGAUGUCUACACCUGCAUUAAAAGACACAUACUAUGCUAUAUAUCCAGUCACAGUAAUAUUGUCAUUUAGGCUACUGUAAAUAGAAAAGCACAUACUGUAGGUUUAAGGGAAUGUGGCUUCUAUCUGUUUUACAGCAAGUAGGUGCUAGAGACAUUUUUUCAGAGGUUUUCUACUUCAAGCUCCAUUCUCACUCUGCUGUUCCUGUCUUACAUGUCAACACCAGCAGCACUCUUAAUAUGGUGACUGUCAUACAUGUUGGCCUUAAAAACUAAGACAGUUUUAGCAAGUAUUUCACCUAGAAACUUUUAUAUUUUUUACAUUCUUUUUGUAACUGAUAUUUUUGAGGGAUGCUUUAUGGAUGAAUCAUAGAACUGUUGAGGUUGGAGGAGACCUUUGAGAUCAUCAAGUCCAACUGCUUGCUGUCACCUUGCAGUCCCACUCUGACUGCUAAGUCGCUGCCACUAAGCCAUGACACCCAGCACCACACCCAUGCAUCAUUUGAACACGUCCAGGGAUGGGGAUCCAGCCACCUCCCUGGGCAGCCUGUUCCAGUGCCUGACCACUCUUUCAGAAAAUAACUUCUACCUAAUAUCUAACCUGAACCUCCCCUGGUGCAACUUGAGGCCAUUUCCUCUCAUUCCAUCACUUGAUACAAGGGAGAGAAGACCUGCACCCACAACAUUGGGUUUUGCCUAAUUAAAUGGAUGCAAAUUUCUCAUUUGAAUCCCUGAGUCUUUCUUAGCUCACUUCAAGGCAGGCUGAAAGAUGCCUUUCUUGAUGCCCAUCCAAUGCAGCACUGAUGCACGGCCACGCUCCCAAGGGCAAGAGCGAAGAGAUGUCUCCCUGGAGGUGUUGAAAACCCAUGCAGGCAUGUGGCACUUGCAGACGUAUUUUGGUGGGCGUGCUGAUCUUGGGUUGAUGGUUGGACUUGAUGAUCUUAAAGGGCUUUUCCAACCAAAAUGACUCUAUCAUUCCCUGUGGCUCCAGGCUGGAGCAGCAAGGUGCACCCAACUGCAGAGCAGCAAGGUGCAAGCCACUGCUGGGCUGGUGCCUUAGAGUAGCACAUGCAAAUGUACUUUCUGAGCAGUGAAAUCCAGAAUUUUCUUUGGCAGAAAACUGCGUUACUUGUGCAUUUCUUCCCAUUGCAUGCAACGUGAUUUACUUAAUGCACAUCUUCCUUCACAAAGCCAUCAGAGUUCAGUCUCCUUUACGAUGACCUGUGUUUGUUAAUGAUCAGUUUGGACUAUUGACUACAGAUGGAAAUCAUCUGCCUGCCAAAGAAUAUGUAAAACCAGUACACCAGCAGCAGGAGGUUUACUAAUCAUAACAAGUAUCAUUGAUCUUAGAAGACUUAAAGAAUGUGAAUGGAUAGGUUUGGGGUUGAUCCUGGUUUUGUUUUUCAACUUGAAUUAGUAUUAAGUCUCAGAAUGCAGCCGAAGCAGUACAAAGGUUUCUGCUAAGCAAAUAUAUGUUCCACGCAUAGUGUCCAAAGGAAAUACUACUUCUGUAUGGCGUAAGGAAAUUAUUAAUGAAAUCAAAAUAUGGAAGUAUGUGUAAAGCCUCUGACAGAGGCAAAGUAGAAAUACUAACCUGCUAACUUUUUCAAGUCAUUGGAAUCAGAUUUCAAAAGACUGGGAACAACUGAGUUUACUGGAUGAGGCACUUAGUGCCAUGGUCUAGUUGAUUGGAUAGGGCUGGGUGCUAGGUUGGACUGGGUGACCUUGGAGGUCUCUUCCAACCUGGUUGAUUCUAUGAUUCUAUGAAAUGUCACCAGGAACAAAACCUGCCAGAAAGUGUAAAAACUUACUAGAUAGGGGAAGGAGGAAAUGUACCAUUUCUUACUCUGACGCCUCUUUGUAGCUGGAAUUAUUUCCUAGGGCCCUGCACAGAAAUAGCAAUAAGUUACAAUAUUCUGGUCUGAGUUCCAGAGUUACAUUUUUCUAAGUAUUGACUACUUCUUUUCAGAUUGGGGAUUGCCAGUUACUGUGAAUGCAAGAAAGAGGGACUAUAAGCAUCUGGAAUGUUAAUUAUCCCUAUAUUUUAUUGUUACAGUGCGAUUAAGAUGUAACGAAGUCGUUGGCUGCGUUGCAUUUUUGUUUCUGUUAAGGUAACUUCCAUUGUUCAUAACAUUUUUCCUCUCUAAAGUGUAUGUAUAGUAGUAUUGAGUGUUAAUGUUUAAGGGCUAUAUGUGAUUAAGAUAUAUGUUACCUGGAAGAGUUUGCCUGUUGCUUUGGAGUUAGUGCCCAAAUAAACUAGUGAACGAUUAUGCUGGAACACAUCCCCUGCAUUUUGAGGUGGAACUGUCAGCGUCCAGAUGUAACAAAUAGUGAGUGCUUCUUGUGUUUCUCAAGUGAUUUUUUUUCUUGGAGCCAAGGAAGCAUAUACAUACCCAUAGCAUAAAUUUACACUCACUUGUAAGCACAUUGGUUAUAUCUCUUUAGUUCUGUAGUUCCAAGUUAGCCCAAAGAGAUUUUUCAAGAGCAACAGGAAACGUUGGUUUUAGUUUGUAUGCUUUUAAGUCAUACGUGAAGCUUGUGCCUUAAUUUGCUAGUGUGCUAAUACAAAUUCAAGUGUGCUAAGGUUUAAGGAGUGUUCCACAACCAUUUGGAAAAGUCCAGCUGCAGAUCCUUACGUGUGCAUCACUGAAGUCUGCAAGUAAGGGUAAUGUUUUCUCCUUUGUCAGCAUCCAUUGCUUCUCCAGAGAGUUAAUACUCUUCUUCUGUGAAAGGGAUAAAAAGUUUUGUUGCUAUAUUCCCUCUUGACAGCACAGAAAUCAUUUUAUAAAAUAAAUGUGGUUUUACUUGUCUUAAAUCA